AUGUCAGCAGAAAAUGCACAAUCAUUGGACAAAACUGUUUAUAUGCACGAAGAGUAUGCACUUUUACAAGAUUUAGAAGAAUAUAACCAAGAUAUUUUAGGCGAACUGUCAGUAUUAGUUAAUGAUAAUAAUUUAGAUAGUACGGAGGUACAGAAGUUGGUACUUGGCGAUCAAUUACUUAGCACAUUAACUUCCAUAACUUUGUCGGACGGAACACAAGCUUUUAUUGCACAAACUCCAAAUUUAAACGAUUGUGUAAGCGAGGACGCCGAGUUGAGAAUAGAAAAUGGUACAAUACUUUUACAAGAAAUAGAAGGUGUCGGCCAAGAAGCGCUGCAAAUUCAAUUAGAUCCCGUGAAUGUGAAAUUCAUCAACAAUGAUAACAACGAGUCCGAGGACGUGCAAAGUGAUUGCAACCAGUUUCAAAUUAUAGAUGGUAUGUUGUGUUUCGUUACCCCUGCAGAUUUACAAGAAGUACAAGUCGAUAAGCCAAUAAACGAUGCAAACAAUCAAAGAGAUGAUAACAAAUUAAAAAAUAAUCACGAAUGUCCUAAGGAUGAUUGCACGAAAGCAUACAGCACUUUACACCAUUUGAAAGUUCACGAACGGACCCACGCUGAACAACGUUCAUUCCCGUGCAAUUAUCCAACGUGUAAAAAAAGUUUUUCUACAGGUUAUAGUCUUAAAGCCCAUUUGCGUAUUCACACUGGCGAGAAGCCGUACAAAUGCACAAGUGAGGAUUGUGAUAAGCGUUUCAAAACUUCGGGAGAUCUCUUAAAACACAUAAGAACUCAUACAGGAGAAAGACCUUUUGUCUGUCCCUACGAAGGCUGUGGUAGAUCAUUUACGACAAGUAAUAUUAGAAAGGUUCACAUAAGAACGCACACGGGAGAAAGACCUUUCAAGUGUCCACAGCCGGAAUGUGGCAAAGCCUUUGCCAGUUCUACGAAUUACAAGAACCACGUACGUAUUCACUCGGGUGAAAAACCGUACGUUUGUACGAACAAAAACUGUGGAAAGCGAUUUACAGAGUACUCUAGUCUUUAUAAGCACAAUAUAGUUCACGCCCCAGAGAAGCCUUACACGUGCGAAAUUUGCCGGAGACGUUACCGACAACACAGUACGCUUGCGUUGCAUUUAAAAACGGCGCAUGCCAUGCUCGAUAGUGACCCUGACGGCGUAUUGGAUGUAUUAUUAGAAAAUUCAGCUGAACUGAUUGAUCAGCCCACGGAGCUGGACUUUAUUGAAAGUGAGCAAACAAACGUACCUCCAGAGGGGAAUUCUCCAAUUUCGCUUAUGGAUGAUCCCAGUCAAAUAGUUACCCUUCAGGCAAGCAAAACUGUGAAUGAGAAACACGAUGUCAUCGAACUUGCAUUGAAAGAUUUAAACAUCAAUAUGCUGUUCAAUUUAGAUGAAAUCAAUAGAAAUUAA